AGCUGCACAGUAAAAGAAAGGCAACGAUAAGUACACCGAUUAAAAUAGAUCUUCUAGAACAGGAACUAUCUUCCCAUCCAGAUCGUGAAUUCGUGACUUCCCUACUUAAUUCGUUACGUUUCGGUGCCCGCAUCGGUUUUGAUGGCACCCAAAAGUCUCGUGUUUCACCUAAUCUUAUUUCAGCUCGGGUGCACCCUGAGAUAAUUUCAAAAAACAUAGAAAAGGAGGUCAACUUAGGUCGUAUGGCAGGCCCGUUCUCCGCGCCCCCAUUACCUAACUUUCAAUGCCACCCAGUUGGGGUAGUGCCCAAAAAACAUUCGGCCGACUGGCGCACUAUUUAUCAUUUAUCUUUCCCCGAGGGAGAUAGCAUUAACGAUGGAAUUCCUAAAGACCCUUACUCACUCCAGUACGUUAGAGUGGACGACGCUAUUAGCAUUCUCACCUCACUCGGCAAAGGUGCCUUUAUGGCAAAAACCGACCUCAAAUCGGCGUUUCGUCUAAUUCCAAUACACCCGAACGACUGGAAUUUACUGGGGGUCCGUUGGGAGUCUCGUUAUUAUGUGGAUUUAUAUUUGCCUUUUGGUUUACGCUCGGCGCCGUUUUUAUUUAAUCAACUCUCCGAAGCGCUAGAGUGGGUUCUUAAACAUAAUUACAACGUUCGUAAUGUUAUUCACAUAUUGGAUGACUUUUUCGUAGCGGAGUCAUCUAAACUAGGCUGUUUAGAGAGUUUCACAAGACUGCUUAAAUUCUUUAUCUCAGUGGGGGCCCCUGUUGUGGCUUCCAAAACAAUCGGUCCUAGUACAACACUUGAAUUCAUGGGAAUCGAGCUCGAUACCCUACGUAUGGAGGCGCGCUUACCUUCCGAUAAAUUAGAACGUCUUAAAGCAUCCUUGCGGGAUUUCAAGCGAAAGCGUUCCGCUCGCCUCAUAGAGCUUCAAUCCUUGAUCGGCACUUUGCAAUUCGCCUGCCGCGUUGUUGUUCCGGGUAGAACUUUCCUUCAGCGCAUCAUAGAUCUCACGCGUCGGGUAAAUCACCGAUUUCAUCACGUCAAAUUGAGCCACGGUUUCUUUCAAGAUUUAGCAAUUUGGCAGCAGUUUACGGAGAACUGGAACGGCAAAGCUUUCUUCCUCGAAGAAGCAAUCCGAACCAGCCCGGAUAUGGAACUCUAUUCCGACGCUAGCGGUAGUAUCGGUUUCGGCGGUUACUUCUCUGGGCGCUGGUUCCAAGGCCGAUGGCCGCCUCACCUCGCCAUAUCCAAAAAGACAGGCAUUAGUAUCGAAUGGCAAGAAUUAUUUCCUAUAGUAGUAGCCUGCUCCCUAUGGUGCUCCGAGUUCUCGGGCAAGCGAAUUCAGUUCUGGUGUGACAAUCAAUCAGUCGUUCACAUUGUCAACACAGAUGGCACGAUUCAGAGAGCUCGCACCGGCCGCGGACCAGACCCCUUGUGUCAUCCCGCCUUCGCUAAUGACCCUCUAACGCGCGAGGUGAAACACUACGCUGAUAAGGCCCUUGCUAUCAACACCAAACGCACUUAUCACGCAGGCGAGAAACAGUUCAUUGACUUCUGCCUCAUGAAUAGGCUUUUUGACAGCCACGGAGACAUUCUCCCAGCUAGUGAGAGUACUCUUAUCUAUUUUGUUACCUUUCUCGCGCGUAGAGUAAAGCACGGUACUAUUCGCACAUACUUGGCGGCCGUUCGCAACAUGCACAUCGAAAACGGAUUCCAGGACCCUAUACAGGGUCGCCUAAUUUUAAACAAGGUUUUGCGGGGCAUUUUACGGGUGCAGGGUCAGCACAAAACAGCUCGUCAACCCGUAACUCCACAGCUCUUAAAGGCCAUUCGUCCGGUUUUGCUUAGCUGGCUAAGCGCACAUGAUUUCCAUAUGAUUUGGGCGGCAUUCACACUUGCCUUUUUUGGUUUUUUACGUUGUAGUGAGUUUACUUGCCCAGGCGUACGCAACUUUGACAUAGUUUAUAACUUAUCUCCAGUCGACAUAAAUUUCCACCCUAACCCUUCAGCACCGCUUUACAUGAAAGUCGUCAUUAAGGCAUCCAAAACCGACCCUUUCAGGCAAGGCACCGUUUUGACAAUCGCACGCUCCGGUUGCGACCUAUGCGCCGUGUCCGCGAUGCAAGAGUUCGUUCGGAUCUGUGGGUACACAACAGGACCACUUUUUCGGUUUCGUUCCGGUAAAUACCUAACUCGGUCAUUGGUCUCUAGCAUUCUUAGAGACGCAGCACGCGCUUGCGGCCUUCCUCAUAGCAGUUUAAAGGGGCACUCAUUUAGAAUUGGGGCGGCAAGCUGCGCUGCCGCUGCAGGCCUGCCCGACUGGCUUAUCAAAGUGCUUGGUCGUUGGUCCUCGGAUUGCUACCAGCUUUACGUGUUGUUCGUCAACUCGUAGUCGAGUAUGACCAUAGCAAUACUGACAGUAUAACAAUGUCUAAGGGGCGGAGGGAUGAAUCCGCAGGUGGCUUAUAAGGCCAAUUCGUG